AACAAAGAGAAAGAUUUUCAUUCGGAUUGAGUAAAAGUCGGACUCUUAUGGUUUCAUCCAUUUGAUGAGUAACUUUAUCUUUGUUCGGGUUAAUUAACUGAAUUUAUUUUAAUUAAUUUGGUUUUCGUUCUCUUGAAUCUACUAUGUUCAUCCCCGAUGUGUACAGGAAUCAGAUAAGUUUGGUGGAAAUGUACAAUGGCCUAAGGAAAGUGAUUUCAUCAGUCAUAUCCAAUCGAGAUUCAUGGCCUUUCAGGGAACCAAUAGACGAAAAAAUUGCUCCAAUGUACUACCAAAUUAUUCCUAAUCCUAUAGAUUUGUCCGUGAUAAAGAGGAAGAUUGAUGAUCGGUUGUACAAUGAUUUAAGUGAGAUUGAAGAAGAUUUUAAACUUUUGGUUAACAAUUGUGAAACCUACAAUGGUCCAAAAAAUGGGUACACACUCAUGUCUUAUGGUAUUUGGAGGAUAUUUAAAAGAUCUGUUAAACGUUUCCUUGACGCUGACCUAAAUUACGAUGAACAAGCUACUUUCAUCUAUCCACCAAAACGAUCAAAUUUAAACAUGAAAGCAGCGAUUGAGGCUCGACGGAAACGGCGGAAACAUCGGAAACUUAGAGCUCUUGAUAUACUUGCCAAAGCAGCUGAAGAAGCUGUCAAAUGUACAACAAUUAGAGGUACAAGAUCAGAUGGAUCUGAUAUUGAUCCAUCAUCAUCAUCUCAAUCACCUUUACAAUUUAAAAGUUCAAAUAGUAGUGACAAAGUAAAAUUUGUUAGUAACAUCAGUGGAACACAAAUUUGCUUCUCAGUUGAAUCUCUUUCAGAUUGUGAAUCUAAUUCCAAUUUUCCAAGUCAUCUUACUCUUAAUUUAAAUAUUGGUUUGGAUGAAGAAAACUUAACAUUUAAAUCACUUUCAGAAUGGAGUGAUUACAUUCGUUUACAUGGAGAACCAGUUAAACUACCACAACAAUCAGUGAUAUUACCUCAAACACCAUUAGAAAGAACCAGUGGUCAUCUUCAUCCAAAUGAGAUUAGACUUUUCAGAGCAAUUUGUUUGGAAAAAUUGAAAUUAAGAGAAAGGGAACAAUCAACAUCAUCAAUCAGUUCUGAUGAUCGAUCAGGCUGGUCUGAUAGUUCCGAUAGUUCAUCGUCUUCAUCGACCUCAUCAAAUUAUUCACCGCCAGAAAACACAGAGCACAAGCCGAUAGUAAUUAAAUUAAGUCGAUGUAACAGUGAUAAUGGUAAAAUAUGGAAACCCGUCCAAAUAGAAGAUAACAUUGAACAAUUUAAUACUCCAAAUGACAAUCAAAUAAUAAGUGAACAAACCUCAAGUCCAUUACCAAUUCAUACGAAAAAUGUUCAUCCAAGAAGCUCAAUAGGAGAGGAAGGACUAAAUUGUGUACCCAAGAAACGCUUAGCCUUGGAUGAUGACGUUUUCUGCCAUAGUUAUGUACUUAAUGAUUAUAAUACUCAAGCCUCACCAUCAUCUUCAUCGUCUUCAUCUUCAUCCUCAUCCGACGAGUCAAACUCAUCAAAAACAAAGAAAUUGCUCAAUUAUACUCAUUCAAACGACACUAAUAAUCAACAUCUUUGCCUAUCCGAAGAUUCAUCCAUGGAUUCAACUUCAGAUUAAUCUCUAUCUUUUUUUUAAUUCUACUCGUUGUUUGGUUAAUUAUAUGAUCUAUUCAGUCUCGAACAACGAAAAACAAAUUAACUUAAAGUUACUCAUUUUAAUUGUGAUAGAAAUCAACAUUUUUACUUUUUGAUACCAUCAUCAUUUUAUUAAUCACCAUCAUUAGCCUGACUUGGAACCAGUUUUUUCAUUGCCACAAUUUAAUUUGAUCAGAAAUUCAUCAAAGUCCAAAUAAUCUGAUGUCUUUCAUCAAUCAUAUACAAUUAUUUUUUGUCCAGUGAUAAUCUUAUAAUUAUUUUUUUUUAUUCUGACUAAUGACUAUUGUCUUAUUAAUUAAUUGUACUUAAAUAAUCUCACAAAUUUAGCCAAAGUCUAUUAACUAUAUCAUGAAAUUCAGCAUCAAUCUCGAGGUGUCUCCUUGCCUUGAUCAAUAACAGCGACAAUGGUUUAUGAUAAACUCAACCAACGACAAAAAGGCUUCAACACCAACAAAAACUAAUUGUUUUAUCUAAAAUAACUCGAUAAAAUAUCAGGAAACAAUUGAAAGGAGCUAACCGAUAAAUUAAAUCAUCUUCAAUCAAUUAUAUUUUAUUUCUUCAACACUACUACGAUAAUUAGACGAUUGCAGCUAUCAAGUGACCAUAACCAAGUUCAAUGUACAAACAAGUGAUUAGUCGGUUUUAAUUAUAUUUUUUCUAAACCAUAAAAACCAACUAAAUCUCUAUCUUCAUCCUCAUCAAUUUAUUAAUAACUUUUCGACACUUUUAUAAUAUAUUUUACAGAACUUGUUGAAAAAAAACCAGCUCAUCUCCUGCCAACAAUGUAAUCAGAUUUUUUUUAAACUUUUAAACAAUUAAAUAGCAAAUCAUUUAAUAUAA